CGCAAACGAGGGUUGAGUGUAACAAUCUUUCACCAUCAUAUCAUCGUUGAUUGAGAUAUUUAUUUCUAAAUCGGUGAUAUCUCGAUAAAAUAUGGAAAAGUCCGAUACCGCGCUGCCGAACGCCGACCAGGCAAAGAACGGUAACAAUGUUGGGAACCGGCGCGAGAGCUUCAGCUCGCAGAACUCGCAGACUGCGAAGGAGUAAGUACUUUCGCUAUCCCUCCUUCUAUGGAGAUAUACACGCCCAUGGGUUAAGAGAUUUAAAAGAAUAUAACCCCUAACAGCGCGCUCCAGGUUUAUUGAGACUCAGAUGCAACUCGAAGCGGAUGCACGCGAAAUCCUUCCUUAUUCAUUCGAUUCUUGCACACAAGCCUUAGGACCACUACGACAGACGCUUUACGCUUGCUUAACCUGCAAUCCUCCUCCUAAGACCCCCGACACGCUGUACACCGCAGCAGGCGUAUGCUACUCCUGCUCCAUUUCCUGCCACGGCGAACACACUCUGGUUGAGUUAUUCAACAAGAGAAACUUUGUCUGCGAUUGCGGUACAACUCGCAUGCCUUCAACUGCGCCAUGCACGCUGCGCAACGAUCCCAAGACCGGCGCGAAGGGCGUCCAUUCUGAAAUUCCGCAUCCUGGGAACAAAUACAACCACAAUUUCCAGAACAAGUUCUGUGGUUGUGCCGAAGAUUACGAUGCCGAACAAGAAAAGGGAACCAUGUUUCAGUGUCUUGGUCUUGGGGACGUCGAAUCGGGUGGCUGUGGAGAAGACUGGUGGCAUCCAGAGUGUCUCAUCGGGUUGCCGCGAGAUUGGUAUAAGGAGAUCAAGAAAGAGGCAGGUAAAGAUGGUCAGACUGAGGAUGAUGAUGAUGAGACACCACUCCCUCCGGGAUUUCCUAGAGAAGAUGAUUUCGAGACAUUCCUCUGUUACAAGUGCGUUGAUUCGAAUCCCUGGCUGAAGCGAUAUGCGGGGGCAGCAGGUUUCCUCCCCCCUGUUUACAAGGAGGGCGGAUUGCCCAAGGCGACCGAAACUACAACAAAGACCACAGCUACAGAUGCCGCUGGGGAGCAAUCUACCGACUCCAAGAAACGGAAAAUGGAGGACGAAGAAAGCGAGCCCGCUGCAAAGCGGACUAAGGGAGAGACGGUGAAUACUAUUUCAGAAACUAAGUCCCAGUCCGAUCCCGAACCGACAGAGGAGUCUACUCAACCGUCUCUUCCAAAGAACAAGCACGAUUCCCUACCCAACCCUCCUUCAGACACGUUCUCACUGUUCCUGAAAGAAGACUUCCGGGAUCACUUCUGCCGCUGUCGCGACUGUUAUCCCAAUCUCGCUCCACAUGCCCAACUCCGUGAAGAGGAAGAAACCUAUGAGCCCCCAAUCUCCGAAGAUGGGGAAGCUAAUGGCGGUGGCAGCACCGGAACCGGUAGCCUUCUUGACCGCGGUGAAGCCGCGUUGAGCAAUAUCGACCGUGUACGAGCGAUUGAAGGCGCGAUGGUAUACAAUCAUCUGCGCGACAAAGUGAAGGAAUUCCUGAAGCCGUUUGCGGAGACCGGAAGGGCUGUUGGUGCGGAAGAUAUCAAAGCCUACUUCGAGAAACUUCGCGGCGAUGAGCAGCACAUCAGUGAUGCGGCUGGUCAGGCUUCUGCCCUCUCUGGUAGGGAUGAUGAUCAUGACAAUGAGGGCGGAGACAGCAGAAGGGAGCAGAACGGGUAUUAAGCGAUGUUUUCCUAGAGUCAUUUAUUGUAAUUUCUUUAUUUCAUCUCAUCUUAUUUUGACAUAGGGCAAUGGGUUUGGGCGGAUGGGUAUCUGGGGCGCAAAUGUGGGAAUGAAUCUUGAAUGUGUACUAAUCAUCUAACACUCGGCAUAUCCAUUGAUACCUAAAAUGACGCUGAAACGAUUAAUAACUCUUCA